AUGACCCAGGAUAACCACCAAGAGGACGAACAGCCGACUGAGACCACACCGCUGGUGGCAGCAAAAUCCGUCGCAGUUUGGACCGUCGUGCCUGCUUUAUGGACUGGUUCCUUCAUGUGUGCCGUUGAUGGAACCAUUGUUUCGACCACGAUGGCGAGAAUUGCCUCUUCGAUGGAUGGUUCUGCACAUGUUUCGUGGAUAGCCACCUCGUAUCUGCUCACAAAUGCAGCCUUCCAGCCGCUAUAUGGAAAGGCCUCAGACAUUUUCGGUCGCCGCACCAUGCUAUGUUUUGCCCAGCUAACAUUUACUCUUGGUUGUCUCGCUUGCUGCCUUGCCACUUCAGUACCUCAAUUCUGCUUUGCACGUGCACUUGCGGGAGUAGGAGGGGGUGGACUCGCAGCCUUGUCGAGUAUCAUCGUCAGUGAUAUCGUACCUCUCCACAGUAGAGGUAUCUUCCAAGGAUAUGCCAAUUUGAUGUUUGGAGUCGGUCAAAUGCUCGGCGGACCAAUUGGAGGUCUCUGCGUUGAGACCAUUGGCUGGAGAUAUAUGUUUGGGCUCCAGGUUAUCCCAAUGGCCGUUGCGGCUCUACUCUGCGUCCGGAACGUACCUUACUUCUUUGACGAUCCAAAUAGAAGGCCAGGAUUCUCCCGGAAAAAUUUUGCUCGCGUGGAUCUGGCUGGAUCGGCUACACUUGCCGCUCUGGUUACUGCUUUGAUGCUUUUAUUCUCCGGAAAGGGCUCACUUGGUCUUCUUACAAUCUGCAUAUUGCUGGGGGCAUUGUUCGUAUUCAUCGAGUCGCGUGUUUCGGAACAGGUGGUUCCCAUGAGGUUUUUCCGGGGAACACUCAGGACAACUGCAUUGAUUGCGAUGUUUGGGUCUAUGACUAUUUAUGCGUGUUAUUUUGUAUUGCCUCUAUACCUCCAGCUGAUCCACGGAAUGACCCCUGCUCAAUCUGGAAACUUCAACGCAGUUGGCGUCAUUUCGCUAUCAUUAGGAUCCCUUCUUGGAGGUGCGCUUCUCAGAACAGAUCCCUCCAAGGCCCAUGCAGUUAUUAUACGAGCAAAUAUCGUUUCGAUGCUCUCUACAGCCCUAUUGAUUUUUGGAUCGGCAAUCAAUUUGAUAGCAAUUUCAGGAUUUGCACCUACCAUUGAGCCCCGAGUCAACUGGGCUGUACUGGGAGUGCUCGGAGUUGGAUACUCUGUUACUGGACUUGGAUAUGGCGCCUUUUUAGUAUCCCUGUUGGUGACGGUAGUGGCCGUGGUCGGCUCCAAGGACCAGGCAGUAGCAACAGGAAUGAACUACGUUUUCCGCUCCAUUGGCUCCGUGAUGGGAGUUGGCAUGACUUUGAACGUUUAUACAGCUUUAUUGACCACCAGUUUGACAAGCUACUUUGCUGAUGUUGAAGGCGGCAAGCUUCUUCUGCAAAAACUGCUGGCUGAUGCGACAUUCGUUCGGAAUCUUGACAUGCACUAUAGACCAGACGUGCUGGCCAUUUUUGAUCAUAGUUUGAAGAUGUCGCAAGGACUUGUGGUGUUAUUUGCGAUCAUUGCAUGUGUGUUUGGAAUUUCCCUGGGGCUGAUGAAGCGGCAUAAGGUACAAUCUUGA